CCCGCUCCGCCAUGGCCCCGGCGCUCCGGCUCUGCGCCCUGGCCCUGGCCCUGCUGCCCGCCGCCGCGCAGGACGUGGCCGGAGAUUGUCACCAGUACACGAACAGGAGCUGUGAAGAGUGCCUGAAAAAUGUCACUUGCCUGUGGUGUGCCAGCAGCAAGAGGUGCAUGGAAUACCCCGUCCGAAGAAUCCUUCCUCCGGCCGACCUGUGUGAGCUCCCCUCUGCACGCUGGGGAGUCUGCUGGGUGAACUUUGAAGCCCUGAUCAUUGCAAUGUCUGUGGUGGGAGGAACACUUCUGAUCAUGUUGGGAGUCUGCUGCUGCUGCUGCUGUUGUAAGAAAAAGAGCAAAAAGCCAGACAAGGAUGACGAGAGAGCAGCCAGGGAGCGGGAGAAGAGACGGGUGCGGCAAGAGGAGAGGAGAGCAGAGAUGAAAUCACGGCAUGAUGAAAUCCGAAGAAAAUAUGGCCUGUUCAAGGAAGAGAAUCCUUAUGCAAAAUUUGAGAAUUAGCAUCUCCAGACCCACCCACCC